GAAAGCCCCUCUACACUUGAAAUAAAAAAUGAUGGGAAAAGGCGAUAACCCCAGCGCUGAGAUGUGCACGCUAUGUGGAGAAGCCUUUACUCUUCCAGAGGACGAAGUUGAAGGCAACCUCCCUCGUGCGCUUUUAUGUUCCCACAUCUACUGCACAUCCUGCCUGCUGUCCAUUGAAAAUGACGAUUUCAUCACAUGUCCCGAGUGUAAGGUGGACUCCACCCUUCCUGAAGGUGGGGUGUUUGGCCUGCAGGAAGAUAGCGGAAUCAUUGGCCUCAUCUACACCUCUAAAAUUAAUCGGAAAAGCAGAUCAAGUUAUCGCAAAAAGGACAAAUCAUCACCAUUGAAGGGCAUUAACGCCAAUGCCAAGGAUGUUGAGCAGUCAACUGAUAUUGAGAAGAUGAGAAUGGCGGUGGAUGAGGCGUUGGUCCAGGCUGCAAAAAAUCAUGCUGCUCUUGACAAAAUCAAUGAGACUCUUAAGACUGGUCUGGCAGAUCAGGUGAAGAGGGAAAGAGCUCGGCUGGAGUUUGAGAUCAUGCAAGCUGCAGACAAGGCUUCACAAGCUAUUGAGAAGUGGAAGGAUGAGCAGAUGAGUCAGCUGACUACAUUAAACACUCAAUUCUCCACCGGUAGAGCAGAAAUGUGCCGCGUCCAGGAGAAGAUGAAGGCCCUGGGGAUUGCCAUGCAAAUGGCCAGAGAAGUACGCCGUGUCCCCUUUCUGGAGCAGUACUGCACCCUGGAUAAG